AUGAGAGUUUCUAUAUUUUCAAAUUCGCAGUGUCCAUCGAGUAGUUAUAUUAUUUUGACUUCCCUGAGGAAGCCCCACAAGCUAUUAGAUCCGGCUGAAAGAUCGUUACGUCCGUCUUCACGAGUGGAAGGUUCACUGGCUCCGUAUACAAAGCUUCGCGAAGACUCCGAAAGGAUUUGUUAUCUUUGGCCCACACAUCUUUCUCGCAGCAGGAUUGUCACUUUAUAUGUCAUGUUUCCAUUGGCUCUGUUUACCAGUGGUUAG